AUGGUGUUAGGUGAGGACCGGCGGCGGCGAUCAUGGCAGGCGUCGCUUCUAAGCCCAUCGGGUGAAAGGCUGAUAGCAAGCACGGGUGGAGCUACUAUAGCUGAAACCGUCACCCUUCCCAUUGAUACCGCCAAAGUUCGUCUUCAGCUACAGAAAUCCGGAGCAAGAAAUAUUCGCCAGUACAAAGGCAUGAUGGACUGCAUGAUUUUGAUCUACAAGGAGGAAGGAGCGACAGCUCUCUUCAAGGGGUUGGGUCCUGCAUUGGUCCGGCAGAUAUGCUACACGGGACUUAGCUUCGUCCUCUACGAGCCAAUACGCGACGCCAUGAGUGGAAAAGGGCCCGACGCUGGGUUCAUGAAUCGACUUAUUGCUGGAGGGACGGCAGGAGCGAUAGGAAUCACCGUGAUGAAUCCUGCUGAGGUGAUCAAAACAAAGAUGCAAGGGAAUACGUCAUCAACGAGCGUGAGGAAACUUGUGGUGGAUGUUUGGUCGCAGGAGGGAAUAGUUGGGUUCUGGGCGGGCAUUCGACCCAACGUUACACGGACCUUCCUGGUGUGUGCAGCUGAGUUGGGAACAUACGAUCAAGCGAAGCACAUGCUAAUAUCGCAGGGAGUGUUUACAGACGGCCCUCUAGCUCAUUUGUCGGCCAGUGCGAUUGCUGGACUGGCAUCGGCAAGCACAUCUACACCUGCAGAUGUCGUCAAAACGAGGCUGAUGAAUCAAGCGGGACAACAACAUGAGGUCAGUCAACACAGCCUCUAUUAUCGCGGGAUGUUCCAUGCUUUCACUUCCAUAUUCAAGAACGAAGGGGUCGGUGCCUUGUACAAAGGGUUUGUUCCAGUUUUCUGGAGAAAGAUAGUUUGGUGCUCAAGUUUUUUUCUGUCAUGUGAGUCACAUACCAUGAAUCUGUUUUGGCGCAUAAUGGUUGAUAGCAGAUGA